ACUGAGGGCGGCUUGUCAGUCGCCUUGUGCCAGGGUUAAGAGUUGUGAGGCUUGUCAUCGUUUAUUAUCAAUUGUUGCUUCUCACUGAAAGUGAGAAGUUUUCUCAUGGAUCCUAAGGAACUGAAAUCAGCACUAAAGAGUGCCCGGGAAUGUAUAAAGAACAAAGAGUACAGAGAGGCUCUCAAACACUGCAAAGCAAUUUUAGCUCAAGAUAAAAACAACUACAAUGCCUUAGUGUUUGUGGGUGUGGCAGCGGAUGGGCUUGACCAGCAUGAACAGACAGUAAAGGCUUACAGACGGGCCAGUGAGGCAGACCCAGAACAACCGCUGGCAUGGCAGGGACUAAGUGGAUUCUAUGAGAAACAUCCGUCUCCAGAGAAUGACAAAGCACUAGUGGAAGUUUAUCUCAAACUUACACGAUUCUUUGAGAGUGACAUCAACAAGAAAAUUGAGGUGACGAAGAAGCUAGUUAAUCUACACACAAAACUGGGGAAUGUUGAUAUGGGUUUAGAACUGUUAGAUAAGUUGUGUUCUGAGACGACAGAUGAAUCUGUAAAGUGUGGCCUGCGUAAAGACAUAUUGUCAUUGUUAUCUAAGUUGCCGUCCCUCACGCUCCACCAGGAGGACAAAUUAAUUGACAUGGUUGAUAGCCUGCUGACAACAGAUUCAAAGCUUGAUGAAGAAGUCAUUAAUCUGUACAUAGACAUUCUCCUAAAGAAGAAAGACUCUUCAGUUUUGAGAGUAUCUUGUCGUAUGAUAUGUGAAAAGUACCCCUGUUUGAAGUACCCUAUAGAAGUCUGUGCAGAGGUUACCAGUCAGCCAGUUUUGAUUCUCAGAGGGCACAUUUUGCUGAAAUUAAAUAGAGCAGUGGAAGCUGAGGAAAUCCUUAGUAAUCUAGAGGUGUGUAAAGACAAAACAGCUCUGGAGGGGUGUGUCAUGUUCUACAAGACAGAGUAUACCAAAUCUGCUGCCAUAUUUUAUGAGUUGAUGAAGCAGGACGAUUCCAACAGUCAGUAUCAUCUGAUGUAUGCCAAGGCGCUGUGGUUUGACAGAGAGAGGCUUCAGGACAACCUUCAGGCCUGUCACACUGCUUUUCUGAAGUCUGCCAAGCUUGACCCGUAUCACAGUGAGCCAUUUGAAUACCUGGGAAGGUUUUACACGGAGGUGCAGAGAGACAGAGUGAAGGGAAAACGAUGUUUCCAGAAGGCGUUCGAUCUGGACGGGAACAACGACAGAGCAGGGGAGGCACUCUGUGAUCUCAUGAACGAGCUCGGAGAAGAGGAAGAUGCAUUCCAGCUCCUUUUAUCGGUGACAAGUAAAGCCAGUGCUGGAUGUUGUAAGUGGGCAUGGCUAAGGUUGGGCCUUUACCAGGUCAAACAUGACACAACAUCAGUGGCCAUAUCCAGCUUUCAGUCAGCUCUCCGGGCAGACCCCAAGGACCCACAUGUUUGGGAGUGUUUGGCUGAAGCUUACUAUAAAAGAGGAAGUUAUACUGCAGCCCUCAAGGCCUUCACCAAAGCUUCAGAGUUGAAUCCCAAUUCUGUAUACAGUCUGUACAUGAUAGCCUGCAUCAAGCAGACUCUGAGGAUGUUAACAGAAGCUAUCGAGGAAUACAGGCUGAUACUGAAGGAUGCACCUAAUUAUGUGCCAGCCCUGAAAGGUAUGGGAGAAACCUAUGUACUACUUGCCAAACAUCAUUUAUCGGAAGGUUUCAAUGGACGAGCAAAGCAGAAUUGUCAAACAGCUCUUCAGUAUUUAACAAGAGAUAAAAUUGUAUGUGAACGGCAUUUUGAGAAAGAUUGUUUUAAAGAGGAUAUAAGGGCUAAAAUAAUGGGAUACACACCAAAGAGAAAACUAUUAAAAGAAGAUGCACUGCCUACAAUAUUUGAUGACAGCAAGCCCAAGAAAAUAAGGGAAAGUAGUUCAAAAAGAUAUGAGAAAAAGGAAAAGCAGGAGCUAAUCAAUCGUCUUCUGGAAAACACAUCUGUAUGUCAUAGACCAGAUCUCUCCUGUCUGUGGAAACUAAUGGGGGACUCCUGUACAAUUAUUCACCCCCUACCUUCCCAAAACUUCAGGUUUGAGGUGCCAGAAAACUUGUACAGAUCCAAAGAGUCUACGGAGAAAUGUGAACUCAGUAUCUUACAGACCCUAGAACUAGGAGCCAGGUGUUAUGGCAGAGCUCUGAAGCUGUUACCAGACUGUGCCUAUCUGUGGCAUGACCUUGGGUUUAACCUUUACCAGCAGAGUCUGCACUCAGAGGCCCAGGAUUCUGUGGAUGUGGCUAACAAGUCUGUCGACACCCUCAGAAAGGGACUUUCUCUGGACCCUGUCAAUCACCAGAUAUGGAACCUGCUGGGACUUGUCUAUUGUUGCUCAGGUCUGAACAAGCCAUCACUAGGACAGCAUUGUUUUAUCAAAUCCAUAAAGUCAGAGUCUGCCAAUGUAGUGGCUUGGACAAAUUUAGCAACGCUUUACAUGAAGAAUGGCAAUAUUGAGUUAGCACAUGAGGCUUACAAGGUGGCCCAGAGUCUGGACCCGAGCUAUGUGUCCUGCUGGAUUGGACAGGCCAUGAUUGCAGAAACUGUUGGAGAUGAUGAUGCUAUGGACCUGUUUAGGCACACAACAGAGUUAUCUCCCCAUGUUGAGGGAUCCCUUGGAUACGCACACUGGGUUUGUACGUUACUCCAGGACAAAACCAAGCACGGCACAGAAAUGUACAGCUACGCCAUACACCAGAUGUCGGCCGUUCCUGCAGCCUCUGAUGCUCUGGUCAGAUACCUAGACCUCAUAAAGACUAACCCAGGGGCCUAUAACAUGUACGGACUGCUAAAAGAACAACAAGGACUGUACAGAACAGCAAGAGAUGCCUUUCAAAGAGCAGUUGAGCUACUGGAGCCCAGUGACAUACUUCUGAAUCAAGUCAAAAUCAACUUGGCCCGGACACUGUGUAAGCUGGGAGAGUACUCUGCUGCGCUGUCUCUGUACACAAAGUUAGGAGACCUGGAAUCCCUCCAUGAUCUAUGUCACAUGGGACUCGCCUUCUACAAGUUGCAGAAAUACACCGAAAGUUAUCAAGCUUAUGACAAAGCCCUGGAGAUCAGUAACAAUGACAUAAAUAACUCGCACAUUCACGCUGUGCAGGGAAUGGUGGCUUACAAGUUUGGAGAUAUAGAUGGGGCCAAAUCUUCAUUAUUUCAAAGUUCCCAACUUCAGCCCUCGUCUCGUAAUGGACUAGAAGCUCUGUGUGCCCUGGGUCUGAAGUUACGAGAUGCGACUCUCACACAGGCUGUACUUCAGGAGCUGUCAGAGUCAGGGGCAGACAACUCCAGCAGCCACCUCAAUGUCAUUUAUCAAUGUCUGUUGGAAAACAACUGGGAACAAGCCAGAUCUUACACACAAAAAAGUAUCCACAAAUCACCAGACAGUCACUCUCUUUGGAGGCUGUUGUCAAGGUUACUGUUGAGACAUUGCCAUGGUAACCAACCUUCCACUGUGGCAGUAUGUGCUCAGACAGCCCUGUGUCUAAUGCCAAAGUAUCAGGAUGUACAGACAGAUGUUGCUGUUGGUCAGUUGAAGGAUGGCAGGCAUGUGUCCAAGGACACAAACAACAAUGCUUUACGGAGUGCUCAAAGGGCUGUUCUUAUCAACCCAGAGAAAUUGGAGAACUGGUGUACAUUUGUGUCCGCUGUCCACAGCGAUUCAGUCCUGGAGGUGGAGUCAAAAAGGGUGACAGCUCUCAUAAAAGCGGAGACCAGCUAUCUCACAUGGCUAAUGUCAGCAUCCAGUUUAAAAGAGGCUUUAAGAAGCUGGUGUCAGAAACAGUUGACUGUAGCCCAGGUACUAUCAGGGGAGAUUACAAAGGAAUCUCUUGCUGAUGAUUUGAAAAAAUACAUUGAAGAGCUUAAAGAAGGAAAUCUACAGGCAGACAGCAAUGUUGAGCAAAUUUUCAAGCUGUUCAAGACUCUUCUAUCGGAUGGAGGAAAUGAUGAGGUCUCUAAGAAUUUUGGGAAGUUGACCGACAGCACGACGAGGUCCACAACUUCUGACCCCUUGAUAUUGCUGAUGAAAGCUGUCAUCUUGAUGAAAACCAAUCCAAAACUGGCUAAACACCGGCUGGUUGACGUUCUUGUCACGAUGAAGACGACGAGUUCCCAGUCACCACUGAUUAAGUCAGUCACCAGGAGAUGUCUGCUUCAUAUACUGCAGGGGAACCCAGAGAAAGAGGCCGAACUUAUUCAGCUGCUUGUGACAGAAGCAACAGAAGAUGGGGAUGUGAAGACUGUAAAUUUUUAUCAGCGGUUGUUCAACGACAGCUAGAACAUAGACAGACUUUGGGUGUUUAACUUCAAUGAAUAAAAUUGUUACUCUG